UAAAUCAAAUUAAAUUAAUCUAAAUAUUGCUCAAUUACGACUUUAUUUAACUAAGCGUUCCUUCGGCGAAAUGGAAACUGCUCGAAAUGCGGAAAACCUUGCACUAAAUAAUCCAAUUGCAACACAAAUAUAUUUUAACGGAAAUUCUCAAACAGAACUCCGCCUCGUUGAAAACUGCACGACUCGUAUCCCAAUUUUGGAAUGAAAUGGUUCUCUCCCUUCAAAAUUCGAGACUUUUUUUCGAUCUCACCGUCAGGACGGGAAACGACGUCUUCAAAUUUUUGGACAUGAUUUCCACAAUAGAUCACCGUCUAGCGAAACGAAUCUGCAUUUCGGCUGAUACUCCCUCGUCUCCCUUAUAUUCUUCGAAACUUAACCCCGUUUGUGCCAAAUUUACCAACAGUGUGCAAAUUUUGGAAAUUUCUAUCCAUUCCGAAACCCCACUUCAUUCUGUGCUACUCGCCUUGAAAAACUCAUGCCUAAAUUUGACAAAGUUACGACUACUUUGCCAAUUUGACUCUCCCGAUUGGGAGAGUCAAAUUAUUUGGCUCUCCCAAAUCAAAGUAUUUGGAUCUGAGAACUACGAGGAAUUUCUGCAAGAGGAGCUCCCUCAGAAACCAAAUUUGACUUUGUUUUCGGUCAGGUCGAAUCACGUGACCCAGUUUGUGACCAAUUUUACUCGCCAGGUUAUCAACGCCUCCCCCAAUUUAAGGGAGCUCACCCUACCGUGGAAAGUUUAUCCAGAUUUGGCAAAUUCCAAGUGUAUCAAAUCCCUCACAAUCGAACUCCAACCAGGCGAUGUUUUUCAAGUUAAUAUCGACCAUUCACAUUUCUCAAGAAUGAUGAACCAAGUGUGUGACCAGCUGGUCAAACUGAGUUUUGUCGACAAGGGCGAAAUGAGAAGUCACAAUUUCAGGGCGCCUAACCCCCCCGGGUUCCAAUUGCCGAGAAACAUGUCGAAAUUAGAGGUCAUCCGGAAUGAAAUUACCGAUAUUUUUCACUGUGACGAUCACUUUAAAGAUAUCGGAGAUUUGUCGAACCUACGCACCCUGGUUUUUGGAACAACCAAUAUAUGGGUCGAUGAAAUUCUACAAAAUCUUUUCCAUACGAAUAAAAUUUUGGCACAUGUAAAGAAUUUGGGGCUAAUUGAACUACACGAUCCAGCAGUUUUGGAAGAAUUGGCGAAAACAUUUCCAAACUUGGGGAGAUUGCAGUUAGAAACAUGUCGCGAAUUCUGCGAGCAUGUGUGUGACAACGAGUUCGGCGACUUUCUCAAGUCGUGUGGAAGUUUUAAGAGGUUAAACCACUUGACUCUGACACAUCCCAUAUAUCCCCGGAAAAUUGUGGACUUUAUCAAACCCUUCUUCGAGUUACUGCAGUCGUGCGAGGGGUUAAAGACAUUGCACGUCGAGACGUACGGUACGUAUCUCGUGACAUACGGGCCAACGAUGGACGAGAUUGAUCUUUUUAACCAGCUCCUCAUGGCGUUUGAUGCGAUGGAUCACGUCGCUCUUCUCAAUGUUUAUUUUGGCUUGGAAGCAAUGCAAAUCAUGAGACCUCUCGUUGAAUCGAAUAAAAUCUCCGUAACGAAGAUGGAAUAGUUCAAUUUCAUUUCUGUCGACAGUGACUAAUUUCUUACAUUUGAUUGGAUUGUUUCCUGGUUUUACCAAUUUUCCUAAAAUACUUACACCAACAAUAAAAAUAUAUGUAUAACAAUGCUUACCAGAGUUACCAUAGUAAAGUGUAUAAUUCAAAUAAUUUGGGCAUCAAUUUUGACGACAAUUUCAACGACAAAGAGAUCAUCAUCAGCCAAAAAUAUAGAGAAGACUUAGCUCCUACCAGUUAUUUUAGGACAUAGUCUUCCCAUACAUACAUAUAUAUUUAUG